UGCAUUUCACAAUGGUCGAUGUAACUCUUUACGAUUCGACAAUUUGUCGAUUAUGUGCUGAGGAUAAUGCCAGUGGCGAAUUGUUGUUCACUUCUGGAGAGAAUGAACCGGAUUUGAGUUCCAUGGUCAAUCGUUACUUGCCACUCAAGAUCCGAGAUAAUGGAAAGCUGCCACGUACGAUCUGUCCAGGUUGCAACAUCCAGAUGGAGUCAACCAUUCAAUUUUUCGAGUUGCUAGUGGAAGGCCAGCGAAAAAUCCGAGAGAUGUACAAACAGCAAGUAGAGAAGCAAAAGCGAAGCGAGCGCGAGCGUUUACGUGAAAACACAGAGAUAACAGCUGAUGCCCCAGAGCUGGAGCCCUACGGAUCCCCUCCAGAAGAUGCCAUCUCCCAGCAGAUAAUAAUUAAAAUCCUUCCAGAUGGUUCAAUGUACGCAGCAGACCACGAUAUGAGUCUGCAAAUGGAGGGUCUGGACAAGCCAAAACGAAAACGAGGUCGACCCCCAAAAAUUCAGGUGGAACCCGAGGAGGAAAAAAUGGUGGAGGAACACCUGGAUCCCAUUUCCCAGGAAGAGGACGAAAAGCAGGAAGAGGAGGAAGAGAUCAGCGAGGAUGGGCGAAGAAGGAGAAAACGAAAGGCCCCGAAGCGAUUCUCAGAGGCUGUCCAGGGAAAAGAGUUGGAAAGAAUUUUCAAGGAGGAGGGUGUCAUCGACGAGGAGGAGGACGACCCAGGGGACAACGACUACGAAGUCCUUGAUGAAGUCCUCAACGAUCCAGUGACAACCGAUCAGGAGGAAAUAAUCGGCCACCUGGAGACCGAGGAAGGGAUCGACCUGGGACAACUAGUGGUCAUGAAUCGAGGAAGGGGCAGGGGUCGUCCAAAAUUCCGUAGAAAAAAAUCGAAAUACACUUGCGAAGUGUGCGGUCGUGCUUUCUCUCAAAGAAAUCGGUGGGCAGUGCACAAGGCAUUCCACAAAGGUGUUAAAUACGAGUGCUCCAAGUGUGAGAAGCAGUUCACGAGUCAGGAGAAUCUAGCGCUCCAUCAGAAAAAAACGGAUCACGAGGGUGAGCAAGUGAUUUGGAAUCCUGAGAGUCAGGAAGCUGCUGAGGGAGUGGAAGAGGCACCAAAAAAUCUUCAGGAGCUGGAUAGAAAAGAGGCGGAAAUUCCAGAGGAGUUGGAAGUCACAGAGAGUCUUACCCUCGAUAAAGAGGAGCACCUGGAGGAACAAUUGGAGGAGUUACAGGAACCCCAGGACUCCCACAGCUUUACCUGCGACCUCUGCGACGAACAAUUUCUCACGAAAGAGUCCUGCGAAGACCACAUGAAGACACAUGAAAAACCCUCUGAGGAAGCCACGGAGAAGAAUAACGCCUUCCCCUGCUUCCUCUGCCCCAAAACCUUCUCCACUCAAUCCUCCCUGAAGACCCACCACUCCACCCACGACGUUAAAUCCGACAAAGGAUAUCCCUGUGACAUAUGUGGAAAAGUUCUGAAUCACCCGAGCUCAGUGGUCUACCACAAGGAGGCAGAGCACAACAACGGUCGCAGAUUUGUCUGCAAUAAAUGUGGAAAGAGCUUCAAGCACAGGCAACUUCUUCAACGUCACCAGCUUGUACACUCUGACGAUCGCCCCUACGUCUGCAAAUCCUGUAACUCCAGUUUCAAGACAAAAGCCAAUCUAAUAAAUCAUUACUCCACUCACACAGGUGAGAAAAAAUACACCUGUGAUAUCUGCAAUCAACAGUUUGCCCACAAAACAAGUCUCACCCUUCACUAUCGCUGGCACAGUGGCCACAAGCCCUACACCUGCGACGUAUGUCAGAAGAGCUUCUCCCAGAAUGGGAAUCUCCAAGAGCACAUGCGAAUUCAUACAGGUGAGAAACCCUACUCCUGCGAUUACUGUGGCAGAAAAUUUACAACAUCUUCACAAUUUAAACUUCAUGUCAAGAGACACACGGGAGAGAGACCCUGGAAGUGCGAAUUCUGCGCCAAAAGUUUUCUCCACAAGGACACGUGGAAGUGUCACGUCAGGAGGCACAAGGGAGAAAGACCAUUCCAGUGUUCAGAAUGUAAUCGAGGAUUUACUGAGCAAUGGGCACUGAAGAAACACCUAAGACUCCACACUGGGGAGAAACCGUACUCCUGCGAUGUCUGUGGAAAGGCCUUCGCUGACUGCUCCAAUCUGACAAAGCACAGAAAAGUCCAUCGUGAUAAUAAAGUCGUGAAGGUGGGCGGGUUGGCAAAAGGAGAGGGUGGAGAGCUCUGGCAGAUUUUGCCAACCGAAGGGGGUGAGGAGAGCCUGGGAGAGGGAAUUACCCAGGUGAUCACUGAGGAGGGAUCUGAGGAUGGGGUUUCUCAGAUAAUCUACGUGUCGUAUCAGGAUCCCGAUGAUCCCAAUCAGUCCAGAACUCUGCACUUUGGAAUGCUGGAGAAGGAGGAGAUAGCUGAAACUGCUGGUGAGUCUCUGCCAAGUCUUGACGUCGAAGAUGGGGGGAUCAAGGGAGGGAGCCUGGUAGAACCAAAUCUACAGCUGCAGAUCACUGACGAGGAUGGCAAUCCCAUUCCUCUGUCCAUUCAGGACGCCAGGCAGCUACUGGCUGGAGGACAAUUUGUCAGUCAACUUGAGGAUGGGCAGAUGAUCAAAGUACACUCUGGAGCUGUUACUGAGGAACUUGCCGAACAGCUUGGGGUUCACAUUCAGGGAAUUCAGGUGGAAGCCGAGGCCAGUCGAGAGACUGAGGGCGAGGGAAGUGAGGGACCCGUUGUUAAGGUUCUUGGUGACGGGAUCGAGGAGCAGGGGGAAGGAGAGGGCACAGAUGGAGAACAGACGAUUGAGUUCACAACUCAGGAUGGACAGAAAGUGCGAUUAGUUGCGCCUUAUCACGUCGAUCCUCUUCAGCUCGCCUCUGAGUACCUGACAAUUGUCUAAUUUUGUGAGGAACUCAAGAUGACUUU